AUGUCUGCCGAUAACGAUCCCCCGCCACUCUCCCCUCGCUCCUCGAAGCGCUCGCAGGACGAAGUGGACAAGCUGUCAGACUCGGCAAGCAAGAGGUCCAAGACGGCGAGUCCAGGGGAUGGCGGUGGCCGGCAAGACGAGGCCGACGCGGAGGAAGCCGAGCAGACAGUUGCUACAACCAUCGAGACUGCAACUGACGGCGGAGCCCGGGGCGAGAUGACCAGACCUGAGAAUCCCACGCAAAAAGAACCAGAAACCAGGGCAGCACCACAACAAACGACACAAGCAGCCCAAGACGAGCCCGAGACGAAAGCCCUGCCAAAAACCAAGAUGUGCGGCAUCUGCAACGAGAAGGAGGGAAAGUACAAGUGCACACGAUGUUCUCUGCCUUUUUGCUCGGUGCCGUGUAAUAAGAUUCACCGCGAGAACCACCCGCCAGACCCCGAGCCCGCCCCCAGGACCCCGGCCGCGGCCGAACCUCCCGAGGCGAACGUGAAGGCGAAAGCGCGCGACCCGAAUAACCCCUUCAGCGUACUGGACGAUUCCGACCAGCUGCGCUACCUCUUCAAGCGCUACCCGAAUCUGCGGUCGCGCCUUCUCGACAUCCUCGCCGCCACCGAGCCGCCGCCAGAGUUGCAGGGGACGGGUAGCAGCUUGAACGACAUGAUGAAGGCGAAGGCCAUGGCCGCUGCCAACCCCAAGAAGGAGCAGUGGACGCACGACGUUGGGAUCCGCAAGGGCAAAGAGGCUUUGCGAAAGGCGAGGAACGCGGCGGGGGAGGAAGGCGAGGGGGUCAGGGAGUACAUUGAGCUCAUCAACCAUCUUGUCUCCAAGGACGAGGAUGCUGCUGCGGAAGAGGCGAUCAGGAAGAGUGCGGCGGAGAGGGAUACCGAGCUGAUCAGGCGGCUGAUGGCCGAGGAUCGGUGA